AUGUCUGCGCGGAAGGGCCCUUCGCCCAGCCAGCCCACCAGUCUUGGCCCACCAGAGGCCGCGAUUGCCGGGCGAACCGCCGGGAAGGUUCUGAUUCCCCGGGAUCGAUCGAGGAUCGUGGCUAGCCCUCAGAUACGUACUUCUCGUGCUUGUGAUCUUUGUCGGCAGCGCAAGGCCAAAUGCAAUGGGGGGAAACCGACAUGUACCCAGUGCGAGAAGUUCGGGAUCGAAUGCAGGUACUCAGAGCAAAAGCGGACCCAGGAGAAAAGAGAACUUGACAUGUUACGGGCAGCGAUUAAGCGGCACGAGCGGAUGCUGCAACUUAUGUCGCUUCGCCCGUCUGGCGCUGCAGUUUCCACCAGUGGAGAGGGUCCAUAUGUUGUGGCUUUGCCGCAAACAGAAGGGCUAGCUACCCAGCAAACGCUGUCUGGGAGCCUGGACCGCACGAUGGAGCUUCUGCAAACCCAACUUCGUGAGCUGCAUUAUGUGUAUCAAAAUGUCCACGAUUGUGACCCCACAAUUCUUCCGGCUGUGGUGGACACGAUCCGCAGGAGUUCCUCGGUGCACGAGGCAGCCAGUCUUCUGAGUCGGCAGAUGACAUCACAAUCCCCGGGUAUGACCCUGGAGAGAAUGCAGAGGUCGUGGCUGACACGGCUAUCGGGGAAACCGGAGCUGGUGAACCGAAUACCCCCGUACAGCGUGAAUUCUGCAGAGCGCUGGACGGCAAUUGCAGAUAACGCGGCCACUUCGCAUCUCUUUUCUUUGUUCUUCGUUUGGGAUAACCCAACAUGGCAUAUUGUUGAUCCAGUGUCAUUCCUGAGUGAUUUCCAGCGUGGAGGGACACACUUCUGCUCGUCGCUCUUAGUCCAUACUAUACUUUUCUAUGCGUGUCACCUUUCAUACGAUUUUGAAAAGCCAUGGGACCGGCGCAUGGAGAUGUCUACCGCCAGACGACUUCUGCGGGAGGUGGAAUGCCUGUGGCAGUGCGAUAAGAUGAAUAUCUCUAUUCCCACCAUGCAAUCUGCCCUUCUGUUAGGGUUAUUCUUCUGUGCUUCUGGAAAAGACAAGAUCGGUGUUCAGUAUAUCCGGUAUGGCGCACAAAUGGGGUUGCGGCUGGGCUUGCAUACCUCGUCGCCUGAGACAGUCCAAACCAAUCCAGCAGAGACAGCUCGCAUUAGGCGAGCUCAUAAACUCAUAGCUAGUGCGGUCUAUGAGGUGCAAACCACCGGACUGACAGAGGAGUUGAUACGAUCCACUAAGUUCGAUCCACAGAGAGUACUAAGCGAAGCUAUGGACUCGAUUGCGACAUUAAUAUUGCUCUAUCGGGUGUGCCAUGGCUGGAAGUCUGUCCCAGUAAUGAUGGUUCACUACUUUAUGGUGGCAGGUGUACACGCAGCCUCGCACCUGGAGUCGUCAAAGUGGCGCGAAGUGUUGGUCAGCUGUGUCUCUGGUCUCUGGCAUAUGGGCCUGGUUUGGAGGGUCUGUCGACCGUUCCUGCGGACCAUCCAGCUAGUACUCCAAAGCAAGGACGAGGCCUUAAUUCCCAUCGAAGCAGUGUCGAUAUUGAAGGAAUUCAACGAGAAGGUGUGGAAUCAGAACGAGGUAAACGCGCUGGCCGCCAACUACGUGGUGCAACACCAUCCCACUCAGACACUUGCGCUGGACCACGACAGAAGUUUCCAGGGGAAAGGCCUCGAGAGCUUGAUACGAGAUUUCGAGAAACUGAGCACAGAUGAUUAA